AAAGGAGGAGGAGCUCCUCCUCCUCCGCCUCCUCCUCUCCCACAACCGCAGCCACAGACGCCGCCCCAUCAGGUGCCUGCGCCAAAGUGAACGGAGGGGGUCGUUCCCGAGCAGCCGUUGGGCGCCGCGAGGCGGGGGCGGGGGCGAGUCACCCAAGCAGCCCAACGGCCGUCCUCUGGGCGCGCGAGUCCCCCUCCCUUUGUCGCCCGCCAACAUUCUCCUCCCCCUCCUCGGCCGGCCCGUCGUUCUUGUGCCAGCGGCCGCCAUUUGUCGGGAAGCGCUCAGCGAGGGGCGCUCGCUAGAGAAGUUGUCGUUUCUGUGCUGGGACGACUGGACUGAAUUUGAAACAUGUGUAGUGUUCUGCAAGUUGAUAACAGAAAAACUGACAUGUUGAAGAUCCUGCACAGAACAACAGAACGCUUGGAAUGUGAUCACUGCAAUUUCAAGGGCUCCGACUAUGAGAACAUACAGAUUCAUAUGGGCACUAUCCAUCCUGAGUUUUGUGAUGAAAUGGAUACUGCAGGAUUGGGGAAACUUAUAUUUUAUCAAAAAAGUGCAAAGUUGUUUCACUGCCACAAAUGCUUUUUCACCAGCAAGAUGUACUGUAAUGUUUAUUAUCACAUAACAACACACCAUGCAGCCUCUGACAAAUGGAAUGAAGAGCGGAAAGCUGUGUCAGAAACAGACACAGAAUCUCUAAAGAAACCACUUUUUGUAGAACCUCAAAAGUCAUCGCUUUCUCCUGAGUCACAUAAAACUGCUGUAUCACCAGAGUGUCAGAAACCUGUUCCCUCUGAACCUCUGAAGUCCGAUGUAGGGUUAUCCUCCAGGAUGCAAAAGCCCACUACAGCUAUACCCACGGAGCAACAGAAAACUGCUCCAGUUCCAUGUGCAGAGCCACAGAUGCCUAUCUCAGUUGUGUCAGACCUUCCAAAACCUAUUUCUGUAGUGACUUCAGAGCCGUUAAAACCAACUCCUUCUGGCACUCCAGAACCAUCGAAGCUUGCACCAGUAGAAUCACCAGAGCUGCCAAAGCCUCUCUCUGCAAUGUCUCCAGAGCCACAGAAACCUAUCACAAUCACAAAUGUAGAACCACAGAAACAUGUCUCUGUUGCACAUCCAGAAUUACAUGUAUCUGUUCCAGAGCCUGAAAAGCCUGUCCCAGUUAUACCUCUGGAACCACAAAAACCAAUUCCUCCUGUGUCCCCAGAGCCUCAAAAGUCUGCUUUGCCUGCAUCUCCAUCUGUGGCCACAUCUGAGCCACAUAAAUUUGCCCCAGUAGUGUCUCCUGAUCCCCGCAGGCACUCUCCAGCAGUAUCUCCUGAGCCUCGCAGGCACUCUCCGGCGGUGUCUCCUGAGCCUCGCAGACACUCUCCAGCAGUGUCCCCUGAGCCCCGCAGGCAUUCUCCAGCGGUCUCUCCUGAACCACGCAGGCAUUCUCCAGCAGUGUCUCCUGAGCCUCGUAGGCACUCUCCAGUUGUAUCUCCAGAGUUAAAGAAAUCUGUUACUUCUGCUCUGUCUUCAGAACCUCGCAGGCAUAUCCCUCAAAUGCGGAGGCCUACUUCAGCACUUUCCCCCGAACCACGAAAACCUGAGCCAUCCAUCUCAGAUCCCUGGAGACCUACUACAAAUAUUGUUUCAGAAGCUUGGAGGUCUGCUUCUAGUAGUUCUCACGAGCAGCAGAAGUCUAUUACUGUGUCACCUUGGUCCCCCAAACCUCCCACAUCUAUGUCAGUUGAGCCUAGGAGACCUGCCUCAGAACCCAGAAGGCCAGGUAGCUUGAUGUCCCCAGAAUCUCAGAAAUUUAUGGCAGAGUCUUGGAAAUCUACCUCCUUGUCUGAGUCUCAGAAGCCAAGUCUUGCUUCCUCAGAGCCCUGGAAACCCAUUUCUUCUGUUUAUCCUGAAGGAUGGAAGCCUGUUUUGUCUCCUGACACCUGGAGGCCAUCCCCAUCAGUACCACCCCCCGUUCACCCUCCUAUGUCAACAGAACACAGAAAAUCUGGUCCCCCUAUGUCGCCUGAUCUUUGGAAACCUUCUUUCUUUCCUGAGCAGUGUAAACCAGCUCCUGUGUCCCCUGAUCCUUGGAAAUUUCCAUCUGAAUCCAGGAAGUCUCCUUUCUUUCCAGAUACUCAGAAGACUACCCCUUUUGUUUCUUCUGAGCUGCAAAAACGUGGUUUGUUUUCUGAAACCCGAAAACGGGCAUUGUUUCCUGAGCCUAAAAAAUCUAUUCCUCCUGUUUCUGCUGAAUUACAAAAACGCUCCUUCUUCCAUGAAUCUCACAUGUCUUUUCCUGAAGUCCAAAAACAUGCCCUCUUUGAGGCUCACCGGCCUGCUCCUGUCUCUCCUGAGGGCCCAAAGCAUGCCUUUUUCACAGAGUCCCAGAAACAUGUAGAUGUUCCUCCUGAAAUUCAAGAGCAUGUUGCCUUCUCAGAACCUCAGAAACCACCUGUUCUUUCCCAUGAAGUGUUGAAGUCCCCAGCAGUCUCUCCUGAAAUACAGAAACAUGCAGCCUUUGCAGAUCUACAGAAGCCACCUCCUAGCUCUCCUGAGAAACAGAGGCAAGGCUUCUUUGCUGAACCUCCAAAACAUGGUCUUUCACCUGAGCCACAGAAACCUGAUCAUAAACAGGUGUUUGGGCCUGAUGUCCAUAGGACAGUAGAAACAGGAACCGUAGAAUCCCAUAAAACAUCAGUCUCUGAACUCAGCCAGCCUGCUGCAUCUGCUUUAUCAGACUUGCAAGCACAUACUGAAUCUGCUAAUAAAGAUUUUUUCACUGAGCAUCCAGAAGGUGAGAAUCUAUUCAGCAGUCUGUUGGCUGCUAAAGAACAGCCUCCACAAGCCAAGGAACUCACAGAAGAAAUGUAUUCUUGUCCAAAGAAGAAAGCCAGGAAGGACAGUCAGGAGACUUCUAAUAUAGACCUGAAUAGCAGUGAGAGUGGCAAUGCUGAAAUGGAGACAUCAGAGGUGAAGGAACAGGAAUCCAGCAGUGAUCAGGAACAGUUUGACACUAAAACUUCUGACCUCAGCAAAGAAACUAAAACUGAGGAAUCUACUCCUACUCAACCUAAGUGUGUGUUGCAGUUCACCGAAGAGAAAGAAGCUUUCAUCUCAGAAGAAGAGAUAGCAAAAUAUAUGAAGCGUGGCAAAGGCAAAUAUUAUUGCAAAAUCUGUUGCUGCCGGGCUAUGAAAAAGGGUGCUGUAUUGCAUCAUUUAGUUAACAAGCAUAAUGUACAUAGUCCAUACAAAUGUAAUGUAUGUGGAAAGGCAUUUCUUUUGGAAUCUCACCUGAAAAACCAUGUUGCAGCACAUGGUCAGAGUUUGCUUAAAUGUUCACGUUGCAGUUUUGAGACAAACUUUCCCAGAGGCUUUAAGAAACAUUUGACCCAUUGCCAAAGCCGUCAUAAUGAAGAACUCAACAAAAAACAGGCAGAUACUAAUACUGAACCAACAAAUCAGAGUCAGCCGAGUGAAGAGUCCAGUAAAAUACCAGUAGAAGGUGCAGAAUCAAUGGAUGAAUCGAUUACUGAGCCACAAACACAAUGAUUUUUCUUUUAGAAUUCAUGUAUCUCUAAACAUUGCAUUGUGUAGGCAGUCAUUUAUGUAGUUGAAUUACUACAUUUUCACACACACAAUCACAAACUUGUGUUAGUAGCUCACAGUGGACUUUGUGGCCGUAAUCCAGUACAAAAUUAAGUGCAUUUAAACCAUUGAUUUAAAUGGCUCUGUGUGUGCUUAACAGUGUUGUGGUCAUUAUAAUUUGUUUGCAGAAAUAGUAAUGCAUAACUGCCAAGUUAAUAAGUAUGUACCACUUUGUUCAGGAUUACAUUUUUAAAAGAAGAAAGUUAAUAAUUCCAGUUUCAUAUUUGAAGAAGCACCAAAUGGAAAUAGCUUUAAAUCUUGCUUGAAAUAAUAUAGAUGUUUGGAAUUGUAAGGCGAUCAUUAUAUGUAUUGGGAGGAUAAAUUACAGUAUAUGACCUCAAUGAGUUGCUUGCUUUGACUCUUGAAAUAGUUGUUUUUCUCACUAUAAGCACAAAUUAAUGUGUGUGGAAUAGCUAGAAUAGUGUCAAAGAUGUAGGACAUGCAUACAUGCUGCCUUGUAUACUUGCUCAUUAUAAUAAGUGCAUUUUAAGGACUGUUUUAUAUUAUUUUAACAAUAAAAAUAAUUUGUGUGCUUGUAA